AUGGCGGACUUGGAUGAGGAUGCGAUCAACAAUUCUACCACUGGAGGAGCUCAUGCCGACAUCGACUUAUCGGAUGAAACGCAGGACUUUCGCAUGCUCAACAACCUCUCCUUUCUUGACACUGCCAAUCUCUCUCUGCCCAAACGAGGUGAAAAGGACUUCGAGCCGAACCCGACCGUCUUCCAGGCCGACAUCCUCUCCGCAUCGCGGCAGGCUAUGCAUAAUGCCCUCGCAUACCCUCGACUACACCAUCCCAAGAACCUACUCAUCGGAGUCUACGCGCCAAAUGGACCUGCUCCGCCUGCGAUCUCUAAGUCCCUGGAUACAGUUGCUGAAGAGGCCCCGGCCGAGAAAGCAGCCGAGAAAGCAGCACCGGUCUCAAUUGGCGCACAGGUACCGGCGGACGCAUGCGUCUACGUUACAAAGGCGAAGGGACCAUUCUUCAAGUCACUGGGACAGGCAGAUCGCUGGAGCCGGGUAUGGCUGCUUCCGGAGGAGGCUCUGUAUCUGCUGGAGAGAGGGACCCUGGAUAUAAGGUGGCCCCGCUGUGCUGUCGGCGACGGAGACGAAGACGACAUUGAAGACUCUGGGCUACCUAUGAGCUUACAAGCUGCUUACGCGUGUUUAAUGGGACGUGGAGGAUUGACGAUGGAGAGGUACUCUGUUUUCACCGGUCUCAGACGACUGGGUUACGCUGUUCUUCGAGCACCUGGAUGGAGCGAAAGCGACGAAGAGAAAGUUUCACAAGCGGCUGCACAGUCUGUUGCCCGGCAGGGACCAGGAUUAGCUGGGAUCUUUUCUCGUUUCAUGGGAUGGCUAUGCGAUGGUGCGCCCACCACGGCAGUGGGACCUGUUGCUGGUCUUGGGUUCCAUCAUAGCUACGACAGGAUUUACCGCAAACUCUCACUGAUACCUUUUUAUGACCCCGUUACUUCCGCCUCGCCUUCUCCACAGCCAAGACUUCCUUACGCCGUCGUGUGGCAUGUCUACAAACCAUCUACUAGUUUCCGCAAGUCCGCUCCACCGGAUCCCGAUUUCAAGAUCGCCGUUAUAAACGCCCGAACUACCACCAUACCUACCGUGUCCCAAAUCUGGACUCUACUUGAAAGCACGCCUUUGAACCCGCCUCGUCCUAACAGCCAGCUAUAUGUGCGAUUGAAGAACGGCUAUCGAAAUGUCAUCCUGGCCGUGGUUGAUCAAGGCGUCGUAAGUUAUCUCAAAAUCGCAGACGCGGCAUUUGGAAAAGAGAAACUUUAUGCACAACGGCCUUCCGGUGGGAACAAGAACCGGGGGCCGCCCAGGCACAAAUUCAAAAAGCGAUGA